GGGCGCAGCGAUAAACGUGGCUCGACCGUCGAUGGGCUCAGUAUCACGUUAGAGGUAGUCCCACGAAGAAGAAUUGUUGUUAAGAAUGUCUACCAGCUGUGAAAUCAGGUUCGAUGAGAACCCCUACGGAGUUUACUUUCCGGGACAGAACCUGUCCGGAAGUGUAGAGCUGCGGUUGGCGGAAGUGACUAAGGUUAAAGGGGUUGCGCUGCAGAUCAAUGGCGCGGCGGAAGUCAAGUGGUCCGAGUCGACGGGAGCGGGUAAAAAUCGGAGGACCAUUCACUACAGUGGACGGCAGGACUACAUGCACUCUACGACCUAUUUGGCUGGGUCCAGGGAGGGCAAUUCGAUUGAACUGUUGCCGGGGAUUCAUACGUAUCGGUUCUCGUGCAUGCUGCCGCCAAAUUUGGUCACCUCGGUGGAGGCAAAGCAUGGCCACGUGCGGUACACGGUCAAGGUCGUGCUGGAACGCUCGUGGAAGAUUGAUCAGUCGUACAAGGUGGCGUUCACGGUGCUGCGGCACGUGGACUUGAACUUGGAGAACUAUGAGGUACGGCUGCCGAUGCAAAUGGACAAGGCGAAAACGUUUUGCUGUGGGCCGUGCAAAUCGGCUCCGAUGUACAUUUCGGCCCAGGUUCCGAUUUCCGGGUACGUCCCGGGGCAAACAGUAGUUGUGAAGAUCGAGGUCAACAACGAAAGUAACAAGACCAUGGAGGAGAUCUCCACCAAGUUGCUGCAGGUGGUGUCGUUCAUCAGCCAGCGGCCUUACACGAAGAUCCGCGAGAUCCCGACCAUCCUAGCCGAGGUGCGAUGCGCGGGUAUUGGGAAGCACAGCAAAGCCAGCUACGAGCAACAGCUGCAGAUUCCGCCGAUGCCUCCGUCGAGCCGGUCUUGCCAGGUGUUGACCAUCAACUAUUAUGUCGAGGUCGAGGGAAAGGUCCCCGGACCGGUGAUCAACCCGAAGGUCCGAAUUCCCAUUACAAUGGGAACGAUUCCGCUAUCGCUGGACGGCAGACCUACAUUUGAAAGCCCAAUCAACGUGGCGCCAAUCGUAGAACAACCAACAACCUCGGCGGAACCUUCAGCGACUCCAUUUCCACCGGAAUUGCCUCCACCGACUUACGAGGAGGUCGUCAACGCCGAUAGGACCAAUAUCCAGGAUGAGGGUGAAAUCAACGAGAUUGGAUGGCGGGACUACACGCCACGGUAUAUGGUCUAUCAGUUCGGUGAUGUUCCGGCGACGGCCCCACCGGCGCUAGAGCAGCAAUAUCAGCCGGAGGAGGUCGUGCAACCGGUGUCGGGGGUGGUAAAGAGCCCGGUCGAUGAUUGAGUAUCUAUUAUGGGUGGUUUUUAAAUAAAGGUGCUGUGAUAAGAGGUUUGA